GCUAUGCGGAGGAGAAGCAUCGCGCCUGCGGAUGUAGCAGAAACUUUCCACGGCUUCUCCCGCGGGGAUGCGACCAGGAGCCAGAACUGGAGGGACGACGUUCAGCGACAGCAGUGCUCCGCGGAGGGAGUAGCUUAAAAUGUGGAUGAACUGACGUUUCCUCUACUAUCCGGGCCGGUUAAUUACUCAAAAAGAAGAACCGAGCAAACUUCUCUGUUUAAAAAUGGCCGUUCGUGGCAACUCGCUGAUGCCCUUCUCAAUCCAAGCCAUCCUGAACAAAAAGGACGACAGCCGACACUUGCCAGAUUUGGACAUGUGCUUCUCCAAGACGGCGUGCUGGAAAAUAUUUGGGGAGAUGAACGGCGGGUCUCGGGGAGAUGAUGGGGAGGCUUGUGAGCCGACGGACCAGAAAAGCUACGACUCGGACUCGGGACUCAGCGACGACAACGACGGCAAGACCCCGGCCGUGUGCAAGUCCGAGAAAGACGGAGACCCUGCGUCGGAUGUGCUGGAGGAAAGUUUGCAGGAGGAGACGGACCACGAGUCCGCAGCUGCGGAAAACACAAAGAGUGACAGCGAGCCCAAUAAUGCUACGGACUCCAGCACCCUGGACGAGAAGAGCCUGGACCAGCCUAAGCAGCGGAAAAAGCGCUCCAGGGCCGCCUUCUCUCACGCGCAGGUCUUCGAGCUGGAGCGCCGCUUCAACCACCAGCGGUACCUGUCCGGGCCGGAGCGGGCGGACCUGGCGGCCUCCCUGAAGCUCACAGAGACUCAGGUCAAGAUCUGGUUCCAGAACCGCCGGUACAAGACGAAACGCCGCCAGAUGGCCGCCGACCUGAUGGCGUCGACCCCGGCGGCCAAGAAGGUGGCGGUGAAAGUUUUGGUGCGGGACGACCAGAGACAGUACAGCCCGGGAGAGAUCCUGCGGCCCCCGCUGCUCUCCCUGCAGCCGUCCUACUAUUACCCCUACGCCUACUGCCUCCCCGCAUGGACACUCUCUGCAUGUGCGGGGAAUCAGUGAGAACGAGACUGUAUUUAUUCAUUUUUGUUUUAUUAUUUUGCUCCCAGGAAAUCAAACUAACUGUAUUUUUUUCUGACGAGAGGAGGAGACCUGAGGGGACCGUUUCACCCGCUCAGCGUUUCUGAUUGAACUGCCUCAUCGCGCUGCGCUCCUAUUUUUCCUCAAAUGCUUAAAAACGACUCGUUCUUUCAUGUAGUGAGAGUCUGUCCAGAGGAGCCACGUUAAAGAAGAUAUUCCUCAUGACAAAAUCAGUGCUGUCUGAACUGUAGGUGAGCGGGGAGACUGGACCUCCUUAGAAAAUGUCAGUAUGUUAACCUCGGAGGAGUGACACAGUAGUAACAUUAAAGUAUUCCUCUCUUUACUCGGGAGCCCCUCAAGGACCUCUGAAGCCCCGUGGACCCCACUUUGGGAGCCGGCGGCCUAAACAGACUGAAAGUGUCACCUUAUGUUGGUUUAUAUUUUACAUGCGCCUUCCUACCUCUGCAGUGAUUGGAAAUAGGCAUAUUCCAUUGACUUUUCAUAUAACUGUCUCUUGUUACAGGUUGUGUUUUUUUUCUUGCUGUGUUUGUAAAGGUAAGAUAUUUCAGCACUUUUGAACAUAUACGUUGCAUUAUUUCAAUGUAAAAAAAAUAAUGAUAAUAACAGUGUGGACAUGAACAGUGUCAGACUGAAAAGAGGCGGUUUCUUGUGUUAUUGACCGGGAAGUGAUCGUGUGGCAGGAAGCGGGCUAAGACAGACCAACUUCUAAAUGUAAAUGUGUUACUUGUGUUAAAUGAUUGUUCAGAUCGAUAAAAACAUUAAAACAUAUCAGGCAUAUCCCAUCA